CAGAUCAGACAUCUUGCUUAGUACUAGAGUCAAGCUUUGCUAAGGGCAAUAAUUACCCUUGGCCUUGUAUUAGUAUACAAGGUGUUAGUCACUGUAUAGGCUCUGAAUAAUGCCAGAUGACAUUUGCCAGCUGUGACAGCCAUUGCUUCCCUCUAGGGCAAGUAGGUCCUGCCUCUCUUAGCAAGGUGUGUCAACACCCUCCCUGAAGCUAAGCUGAGGGCAGGUUAGUCUGGGUUCAGUCUCUCAGAACCUUACUUGGAGUAAGAAGCAAAGCACAGCCCAGCCAGGCAGGAGGAUGGGACAGGAGGACCUGCCCUGCUCAGCACAUCAAUGCAGGUACCUGCUGACUCUGACUGCCAGUCUUUUGCUCACGUAUGGGCCAGCCUCAGCAUUCCAAGAACAACAUAGUUCUAGUGGAUCUAUGACAUCAGUUCUUAGACCAACACCUAAGACAAGCACAAGAAGUUUGGACACAAGCCCAACAGCAGUGACUGAUUCUACUUUACUUUGGAGAAAUAGCAUUCCUUCAAAGCUGGCCACUCUAAAAGGCACAGGAAACUCAAAGAAAGCAGUGAACACCAUGAAAGCUACCAGUUCUACUUCCAGUGUACAUUUUUGGUCAGUUAUACCUAAAACUACAUUGUCCAGAAUGCUCUCUGAAAUGACAGGGAAGAGCACUGGUUCUCCUUCCAUGACCUCAUCUAAUUAUACCAGGACUGAGAUAUAUAAUGGGGCUGCAUUAAAUAGUACUCUUCUGUCAGACACAUCUACCAUUCUAACUAUGACAGAAACUAACAUAACUGAGAUGAUUUCAACAACAAAACCUACUUCUAAUCUUACUGAAGUGCCCUUUACUAAUUCUGUUCUUGUAUCCAGCACAGAAUCUAUAACUAACAGCAAUUCCAAUCCAAUAACUAAUCAGCUGAUCAAACCAGAAGAAACCAUCACUGGAAUGUCUACUGGACCCCCAAACGCCAUAAUCAGCAAAGAAAUUACCACUAAUAAGACAGAACAUUUUGUGGUAUCCCCAAAUGUGAUUAUAUCUCUUGGUAUAUCAGCAACUAUGUCAGGAUCAGGAAUGUACUCCAGUGACUCUCAGAAUUAUUCAUUGUUAGAGACAUUUACAGACUCAUCACUACCAGAAGAAAUCAGCUCUAAAGGUUUCAGGGUUAGUACAAUCAGAACAAAUUCUUCAUCACCUACUAGUUUCACAUCAGACAGACAUCUACCUACUACUCAUAACACUACCAAACAAGGUUGGACCACAGCUCGAAUACAAUCUAGCACACUCGAAAAAAUGGAUUCAUUUACACAGUACAGUCCAAACCAUACAGAAAUGCCUAUGAAUCUCUCUUUUCUUGAAUCUUCAACAAAAGACAUGUCUGCUGGAACCACAUCUUUUACAACACUACAUGAAUCAAUAUCAGAAGAUACUUCUUUAGGAAUCACCUCAGAAUCACAAUUGACAAAUAGCAACACUGGACAUUCUCUGGUGACAUCAAGCAAGGUGACUUCUAAAAAUCCAUCAACCUCUGCCUCAAUCAAGGUCACUAACUCCAGUAGGGUGAAUACAUUUCCACACCCAGAAGCCAGGGAUCCUCCUAAAAUUAUUGCUUCAGAACCAUGGACAUCUACUCCUUGGUAUGAUGCCAUGUUUGCAGAUGCCAUAACAAUGCCACAUGGGUCAUAUUCACCUUCUGUUAUUUCUUCCAUGAUAGACACACACAAUACAUCAUGUACUUGUUCUAUGGCCUAUGUCAUCACAGUUUCUAAGGACGUAAUCCCAGCAAACUUGCACACAAGCUCAGGACAUGUGACUUCCUCAAUCCCAAGCUUGAAUAGCAGACCUCAGAAGAGUUUCAACACUGCACAAGUGUCCAAAAUCUCACAGGUGACCACUGUUUCCUCAGUCACGAAAGGAAACAAGAAAAAUGGGAAUUCAGUACCCCAACUCAAACAAACCAUUACCCCUAUACCAAUCUUAUCUGAACAUGAAUAUUUCACAAUUCUAAUCAGCUCAGAAGGCACCACAUUUUCACCUCCACAGUCAAUGUCCUUUGCCACAGAAGGUACUGAAAAACAGACAGCUUUUUCCUUUAUCGAAGCAUGGAAAAAUUCCAGUAAAUUGGAAGAUAGGCAUCCAACAAAAGAACACACAAUUAGCCAGAAUAAUGUAUCUACUACUCCUUCUCUGCUCACAUCUGCGACAAAAGGGAUAUCUGCUGGCAGAACAUUCCUUUCUAAGUUAUAUCACUCAACGUCAGAGAACACUUCCACUGGAAUCUCCACCAAGUACUCAAGAUCUACAACCACUACAGAAUCAGAAGAGACUACAAGCAGCCACAGGAAAUAUUCUGAGGUGAUGUCAAAUAUGGUAACUUCCAAAGACAUAUCAACCAUGACUUCAAACAUAGAGACCCAAUACAGUGGGACACAGACAUUUUCACUUUCAGAAUUCAUGAUUAAGUCUACCAACAUCAACCCUACAACCACAUCCAGGACUCAUUUACUUUUGAAAGAGUCAAUGUCUACAAGUUCAACAAGACCUACAACUGAGGCAUCCUCAUAUUCUCCAGUUCCUGCCAAUGUAGGCAGGUACAGCACCACGUCUCUUGAUUAUGUCACUUCCAUCUUCAUAAUUCCUAAGUUCCCAAUCCCUACUGGAUUAUAUAUGACCUCCAAAUCAGUGACCCCUUCUAUACCAAACUCCAACAGUGCCCAACUCUCAAAAAUCUCAGAGAGAAUCUCUGUUUCCUCACUUACACCAGUGGAAGACAUGAAAGAUAACACUUACAAACAAACCACCACACCUACAUCAGUCUCAGUUGAAAAUGUGUCUUUCACAACCAUUAUGUCAACCAUGGAACUUUCACCUACACAGUCAGUCUCAUUUGAAAGUACAGAGAUUAUGACAGGUACAUCUUUCCCCUUGAGGACAGCAUGGACAGAUUUCAGUACAGCUGAAAACAUAAAUGCAACCACAGAAUAUAACACUAGCCAUAGUGAACUUUCCACUAGCCAUUCUCCAUUUGAAUCUAGGAUAGGACUCAUAUCUGCUGACAGCAUAUUCUUUUCAGAUUUUCAGUCAACAUCAGAAGAUACUUCCCCCAGAACCCCCAUCAGUCUCCCUACCUCCACUAUCAGUUCAGAAUCAGAAGAGAUGAAAAGUAGACCCAUGGGACAUUCUACAGUUAUCUCAGCCAUUUUGACUUAUCCAGAAACAUUAAGCAUUGCCUUAGUAAAUGAUACUCACUCCAGUGGGACACAUAUAUUUCCAUUUUCAGAAUCCAUGGCUCCUGUCAACAGUUCUUCAGCAUCAUGGACAAUGACUCCUGAGAAAAAGUCCAUGUCUACGGAUUCCAAAAAAAUACAAGAGUCACUUUCACUGACCCCUGAUACAUCCUUGUCACACAGUAAUAGUAGUCAUACUUCUGAAUCUGUUGUCUCUUUGUUCACAAUUGCUAAGGAUUCAAUUCCAACAGAUUCAUAUACUAGUUCAGGUUCUGUCACUCUUUAUAUUCCAAGCUGGAGCAGCAUCUCUCAACUAAGCUCCAACCCCAUUCAUGCUCCCCAAAUGUCCCAGAUGAAUACUUAUUCCUCAGUCACACCAGGGUCCAACAUGGGAAUCAGUCAUCCUGUACCUGAAUUCCAAUAUACCAUUCCAUCUGUUUCAGUGCCAUCUGAAAGGAAAACUUUCCCCACUACCUUGCCUAUUACAGAAGUAUCCAUACUUUCACCUACACAAUCAACAUCAUAUAAAAAUACAAAUAUGAGCACACAGACAGUUACCCACCUGACCACAUUGACACAAGCUAAUGUAUCUGAGAAGGUACACUCAAGUACAGAUUUCAUUAGAAGCCCUUCUGCAGUGACUAAUAGUUCCUCUACUCUGGUAUCAAGUACAACAUUCAUAUCUCCUAAUAACACAAUACUCCCAAUGCGUCAGUAUUUUACAUCAGAGCAUACCAAGGUUACAUCAGAAGAUAUGACCAGUGGAAUUUUCACCAAGUUUCAUGGCUUCAACACCAUCCCAGAAAUAGAAGAAAUGUCUACCAGUCAGAUUAGAAAUUCUAAUGUGACUUCAAACAUUGCCCUUUCCCUAGAAACAUCAACCAUGUCAUCAGAGUUAGACAAUUUUAUGAGUUUCAGCCCAGCCCCUACAAUCACAGAGACAUCCACAUUUCUAAGCCAAAGGUAUGAAGUCCCAUCAAUUGAAACUUUUUCAACUUUAAAAAGAAGUCUACCUGGCAACUCUCCAGGAUAUCUUGAUAAAUCUUCCUUAAUAUCCUCUGUUACUUCUACAGGAGAAAAUGGCACCCCCUCUCCUAGUUCUCUUGUCUCAGUCUUAACCCCUUCUAAGGAGGCAAUCACAACCAGGUUGGAUAAACAGUUAGAUAAUUUGUCUACUUCAUUUCUGAAUUGGACCAGUAGCACACAUUCAAGCCAAGAGACUUCCCAGGUUAGCAAACAUUCACAGACAAGCCCUACUUCCUCUGUUAAAUCAGAAAUAAUUAUGGAAGUCAGCAGUUCUGUACUCCAAUCCAAAUUCUCCAUUUCAGAAUCCAUUAGAGCUGGCAGAAUCCCCACAGGAAGCCCUCUUUAUCCCUCAGAAUCAGAAGAUAUUACUCCUAGAAGCAUCUCUGGACUCAUUACCUACUCUAGCACAGAAGAACACAUAGAGUUAAGCUCCAUUUUUGGGGUAGCUAAUUCUGUGUCUUUAUUAAAUGAUACCCUAUCCAGGGAUACUUCAACCACUGUCCCUAUGACAGAAUUUUCAUCAUCUGAGCCUCAAACAUCUCCACAUUCAUCCUGGAUAACUGAAUCUAGCAUUUUUGGGGAACAGUCUCAAACAAGUUCUUUAUCCAAGGAAAAACACACCACUAUAGAUUCCACAACUACUAUGACUGAGAAAACCACACUUUUACCUGUUACUUCUACCUCUCAAGGACAAAAUGUCUCCUCCCUUGAUUUUGCAGCUGCACUAGUAACUUCUAUUCAAGAGGCAAUCUCAAAUGAAAAAGAUACAAGUAUAAUAUCUGGGAGCACCUCAAUUCAAAGCCUGGAUACUACAGAGCAUUCAACUCCAGGUUCUUCAUAUAACAUGGAAAACUUGCAGACCAGUCACAUUUCCUCAAAAUCUCCAGCAACAAGAGUGGAAACUGAUAGUCCUGGAAUGCAUUCCAAAGGCACUGUGUUAAUUAAUUCAGUUCCAUCAAGAAUAACUAAAAUGACUUCACAAAGCAAUUGGGACACAAUAAUUUCCCCAUCAAUGCCCUUAUUUAAUGGUGCACAUUCAGAAACUCAGAAAACUUUCCCCAUAACUUCAAUAAAACAGGAAACUAGCAUGUCUGAAGAUAUUGACUUGACGAAACAUAUUUCUGGUCUUUUUACAGUGUCUACUAGCACUGACCCUGGAAUUUCAAGAAAAGAAGCUAACUCAACUGAUAGAUCAUCCAUUCCAAGCUCUGUAUCCUUUGCAAAGACAACAGACAUCUCAAUUCGAAAUGCCUCCAGUAGCUCUACUCUUUACUUUCCAAGCCCUGACAUCAGUCAGGUAGUUAGUGUUGAGAAAUCAUCCAACAUCACCAUUCUUUUGAACACAACAGAUCCUACAGCUGAUGCUGAGGUGUUCUCUGCUAUAACUCAGACAUUUUUACAUUCAGACUCAAUCUCUCAUCCCAGCAGUUCUGAGUUACUCUCAUGGACAGACUCUCCACUCCAGGAAGCAACUUCCUCCAUGAAUUAUAUAGAAACUAUACCUGGGACAGCAUCAUUGUUUCCUGCUAUUUCUCUAUCAGAAGGACAAGGGCUCUUUUUUCCCUCUUCUGGCGAAACAAUUAAAGAUGAGUUGCUCAUAAACUUAGCUUCCUUUAGAACUUCAUUUCCAAGCUGGAGCAACAGUGAGCUAGCCACCUCAAAGGACACCAGAACCUCACAAACAUCUUACAGUCCCACCAGAACUGAAGUAACCACUGUGGACAUAGCCACUUCUGGAUAUCAGGCCCAAUACACUGUAUCAUCUGAGACUCUUUCAUUCGGUAGUACUGCCUCUUCAUUGUUGACAGCACCAACCAAGACUACUUCUGCUUCCUCUUUAUCACCACAGAGCUCAAACUCCACUUCUUUUCCUAAGGCUUCAUUCCCCACUUCUGAAUUGUUUAAAACAAAAGAUAUAUUGAGUAGAAGCUUGAAAUUGGGAGUGAGUUUUCCUCCAAAUUUGAGCAGCACAUCACUUGAAGUCCUGGGUUUAUCUGAAGUUAAUAAAGAAAAUCAUAAUUCUCCCUCAAGUUUCACAGUAACCAAUAUGAAUACCAUUAGUAUGGGACAUGAACAAAGUUCCUCUGUAUCAAUGCCUUAUGACUCAUCUAGAGACACCAAUAAAAUGAGCACUCCUUCCUCUAUAUGGGUGACUACUAUGUCCACAUCAUUGUCUAGCCAUUCAGAAACACCAAGAUCUAAUACUGAGCCACUUUCCCAUUUGACUUCUGGAUUGCGGGACACUAGCAUAUCCCUACAAACAAACAAACCUUCUGUUCCUGAGCCCACUCUCCUUUUGCCAAGUUCUGAGGCUGAUGGCACAUCUACUAUGAAUAUAUCAUCGCCAUAUCAGAAUCUAUCUUCAGGGUUUACUAAAGUUUCAGCAGAAACAGUUACUAUUUUAAAUACUUCUUCAUCUAUUCUAGAGUCUACUGGGAUAACAUCCUUCCCAGUAUACAAUUUUACUAUACCUUCUCAAGAAAGUAUCCUUGUUCCAAGAACUGAUAUACUACCUUCAGCUGAGACCACUUUGAUUGAUCCAACACUUUCUCCCACAGAGGAGAUGACUUUAAUUGCCACAACCAGCAAUCCAACAUCCAGUUCACAUGUGACUUCCAAGAAUUUCCAUUCUAUAAUACAGUCAAGCCAUUUGUUUGCCACCAUUGUAAAAAAAUUAUCUCCUUCAAUUUCAACACCAUUGCCCUAUCCUGCUUCCAGUACCACUGACUCUACAGCCAGCCCAUCCUCCCAAGAGAUUACUACUCCUUCAGAAAUGGAAGAUGGCAUGCAAUACCACACAGAGAUAUCUAAUGAAACUGCCCAUGAAGACACUGCAGGCCUGGACAAGGGUCCUCUGGCUUCCAUAUCACCUGGUAACCAUAAAGAUCUAACCACAGAAGAAGCAGUAAAAGCAGAGACCACUGCCACAGCUUUGAAGGUCACUUCCAUUUUCAAUUCAAACACCAAAAUGUCAACUGCCAAUUCAAGACCCUCGACUCACCUCAAGACAUCAGAGAAAACAACCAACAUCAACACAGCAGAGAUGAUUAUUACAGCCUCAGAUACUUCCCAAAAUUUACUAGAGAUAGCACCAUCAUUUUCCACAGGCCUUAGAGAAAAUACUAGCAUGAUUUCCAGGAGAAGUUCACCUCCUUACAGUAGAGAACCAGAAAUUACAAUUCCAUAUAUCACCAGUCUUAAGACAAAGACAAUACCAAAUGUUUAUACUUUGACAGCCCCCUCUUCUGAGUCUGAUACAAUCUCAUGGAUCACCCAUGAUUUAGAAAUUACUUCAGCUGUUGCCAAGACAACCACAAAUGCUUCUCAAGUUGAAUCAGAUUCUAUGGUGUCCAUAGCCACCAAUCCCAGAGGAGAACACAGUUCAAACAUUUCAACAGCAGCUGUUUUCCCUGCCAUACCAGAUUUGGCAUCUAUUGAACAAGUAAGCAGAUUGUUUGAUCCAACUAUAGCUAUCUCAUCUAGUAUUUCUGAAAUGAAAAACGUAGACAGUCACAGUUCUAAGGAAGAUACAAGAACAUCUAAACCUAUUCUGACAAAUUCACCUUCUGAGCCAUAUAAUACAAUUUCUCUUAUCUCUUAUGCUGGGGGAAAGACUGGUUCACCCAUGUCUACUAUAACUGUCUCUCCAGAUGUAAGAGAAAUAAUGAGACCACUUUUCCCUAGCUCUGGAAACACAAAUCAUACAAGAAACCAACCUAUUUCUCAAGGUCAAUCAAAAACCACGACCUCAUGGAUCACCCAUCCUGGAACAGAAGUAACUUCAAGGGUCUUAACUACAACUAUCUCACCUAAUAUUCAAGAGAUGGUAACCUCAAAAUCUGUAAAUCCUACUGCUAAACUACAGACCACAACUUCAUUGAUAAUUGAUGGUGAAGAACAUCCCAGUUUAGCCACGUCUACUCGAGCUGUCCCUCUAGGUGUAAUAGAAGAAAUGCCACCACCACUAAUUAACAUGAGCACAGAAAAGAAUGCAAGGACUUCAACUCUAGAUUUUUUCCUAUAUCAACCAGAGACCACAACCUCUUGGACCACUAACCCUGAAAAAGAAACCAUCUUAGGAAUUCAUACUACAAAUUAUUCACCUAGUGUUACAGACAGGAUGACCUCAAUAAAUCUGAACUAUACUCCUUCUGAACCAGAAUCUAUAAAAUCAUUGGAUAUACAUGUGGAGGGAAAUCCCAGUACAUCCAUGUCUAUUCAGACUGUUUUACCAAGUAUAAGAGAAAUGAUGAUAUCACAGGCCACUAAUUAUGGAAGAGAGAAACAUAUAAGCACUUCAGCCCUGCCUGUUUCCUUAGGUCAAAGACAGACCACAGCCUCAUUGGUGAACCAUGCUGAAAAUGAAGCAACUUCAGAGGCUUUACCAACCACCAUUUCAACUAUUCAAGGAAUGAGUUCAACAACCCGUAUGACUUCUGAACCACACACCACAGCUUCAUUGGUCACGCAUAAUGGAGAACAACAUAGUUCAGACAUGUCUACACUGCCUGCCUCUUCAGGUAUAACAAAAAUGAAACAACCACUGGAAACUUCUACAGGAAAAGAAAACCAGUCAGUCUUUACAAUUCUGGCUGUUUCCCUAGGUGUACCAAAGACCAAAUCUAUAAACACUACAUCAAAUAUUCUGGACAUGAUUAUCUCAAAAGCUCAGAACCAUACUUCUUCUGAUGGACACACCAUAACUUCACUGGUUACUCAUGCUGGGACACAGUCCAGUUUAUCCAUGUCUACUGAGGCACCCUCUUCAAGUAUAACAAAAUUAACAGCAUCUCUGUUCACAGAUAUGGGCAAAGAAGAUGUUGCAAUAACUUCUCUGCCUAUUUCUUCAGGUGAAAUGGGAAGAAGAGCACCAUCAGUCACCAAACCUGAAAAAGAAGUCACUUCAGAAGAUCAAUCUAUCACCAUUUCAAAUAGCAUUCAACAAAUUAUGACCUCACCAACGGUUAUUCCUACUGAACCACAUACCAUAGUUUUAGUAGACACCCAUUUUGGGGACCAACCCAGUUCAGCUAUGUCAACUCUGCCUGUCACUUCAGAUUUAACAAAAAUCAUACCAUCACUGAGCACAAGACCUGGUACAGAAAGUCAUUCAGUGACUUCUACUAUGGGUAUUUCUGAAGGUCAGUUGGAGACCACAACCUUAGGAGAUACUCAUACUGGAAGAGAAGGCAAUUCACUGACAUUAUCUGCAGUCAUCUCAACUAGUGCUCCAGACAUAAUGAUCUCAACAACUAAGAAUGAAACUACUUCUGAUACACAGACUAUAACAUCAUUAAUCACCCUUGUUGAAGAACACCACAGUUUAUCUGUGCCUACUCAGGGUGACUCUCCAGGUAUAAUGAAAGAGACAUCAUCACUAUUCACUGAUUUAGGCACAGAAAGCUAUACAAUGACAUCAACUCUGCCUGUCUUUUCAGGUCAACCAAAUAUUAGAAAAACAUGGGUCAAACAUUCUGAAACAGAAGUCACUGCAGGAAUAUUACCUACUACCAUUUUAACUAGUAUUCCAGAAAUUAUGGCCUCACCAACUUCUCUUCUUUCUGAGCCACAUACCACAGUUUCAUUAAUCAGCCAUGUUGGGGGAGAGCCCAGUUUGGCCAUGUCUACACUGCCAGUCUCAGGAACUUUAACAGAAAACAUACCAUCAGAGGUAAAUUACCCUGGCAUAGAAGGCCAUUCAAUGACUUCAGCUCUAGAUGGUACCAGGGAUCAUAUAGAUUCUACAGAUCAAUGGGUCUCCCAUCAUUCCAAAGAGGGAACUUCAAUGGUCCUUUAUACAACCAUCUCAACCAGUGCUCCGGACAUGGUUGUUUCAAUAAAUAAGAACCAAAUAUCUUCUGAUACACACACUGUAACAUCAUUCAUCACCCAAGCUAAGGGACAGCCCAGUUUAUCAGGGUCUACUCAAGAUAUCUCUCCAGCUAUAAAAGAAGUACCACAAUCAAUAUUCAAUGACUCAGACACAGAAAGCUAUGCAGUGACUUCAACUCUGCCUGCUUCUUCACAUGAACCAGAGACUAGAACCAAAUGGAUCCCUAAUACUAAAAUGGAAGACAAAUUAGGAGUGCUAUCUACAACCAUUUCUUCAAGUACACCAGAAAUGAUGAUAUCUCCAACACCUAUUACUUCUGAAAUACAUUCCACAGUUUCACUCUUCACUCAUGUUGGAGAACAAGACAAUAUUGCCAUGUCUUCUCUGACAGUCUCUCCAAGUAUAACAAAAUUCACAGCUACCCAGCAAACUCACACUGAUACAGAAAGCCAUACAGAGACAUCAGCUCUCAAUGUUUCUACAGGUCAAGCAGAAUCAACAACUACAUGGCUCACCCAGUCAGCAAAAAAAGAGACUACACAGGUUCUUUCUACAACAUCACCUACUGUUUCAGACGUGAUGACAUCAGCAACUCUAUACAGCACUUCUCCUGGUACACAGACCAUAACAUCAUUCAUCAGCAAUGAUGGGGAACAGUCCAGUUUACCUACAUCUACUCAGGGCAUCUCUCCAGGUAUAACAAAAGGGAUACCAUCAUUAUUUACUAACUUAAAUACAGAAAGCUAUUCAAUGACUUCAACUAUGCCUGUAUAUUCAGGUCAACCAGACACUAUGACACUAUGGGACACUAAUUCUGAAAAAGAAGUCACUGCAGGGGAUUUAGCUACCACCAUUUCAUCUAGUGUUCUAGAAAUGAAGACUUCAAAGACUACUUUUCUUACAGAAUCACAUACUACAAUUCCAUCCAUCUCCCAUGUUGUAGAACAACACAAUCCAGUCAUGUCUACUCUCCCUGUCUCUACAGGUAUAAAAGAAAUCAUACCUUCACAAGGAACUCACUCUGAUACAGAAAACCAUUCACUGACUUCAGCUCUAAAUGUUUCUGCAGGUCAAGCAGAAUCAACAACUACAUGGCUCACCCAAACAGCAAAAAGAGAGACUUCAGGGGUUCUUUCUAGAACAAUGUCACCUACUGUUCCAGACAUGAUGACAUCAGCACCUCUAAACAACACUUCUCCUAGUACACAGACCAUAACAUCAUUCAUCAGCCAUGAUGGGGAACAGCCCAGUUUAUCUAUGUCUACUCAGGACAUCUCUGCAGGUAUGACAGAAGGGACACCAUCAUUAUUCACUGCCUUAAACACCAAAAGUAAUGCAAUGACUUCAAAUAUGCCCGCAUCUUCAGGUCAAACAGAGUCCAGGACACCAUGGGACACUAAUUCUGAAAUGAAAGCUACUUCAGGGACCUUAUCUAACACCAUUUCAUAUAAUGUUCCAGAAAUGAAGAUCUUACCAACUGUUCUUCCUUCAGAAACAUAUUCUGCAAAAGUUCCAUUAGUCACCGAAGUUGUGGGACAACACAGUUCAGUCAUGUCUACUCUCCCUUUCUCUCCAGGUAGAACAGAAAGCAUACCAUCACUGGAAACUACUUCUGGUACAGAAAACUAUUCAGUCACUUCUACCCUGGAUAUGUCUAUAGAUCAAGCAGGAUCCACCACCCCGUGGGGCACACAUACUGGAAGAAAAAAUAAUUUAGUGGGUACAUCUACAAUAAUUUCAACCACUGCUCUAGAGAUGAUGACUUCAAUAAGUAAGAAUCAAGCUUCUUCUGAAACACAGACCAUAACAUCAUUUAUCAACCAUGCUGCAGGGCAGCCCAGUUUAUCUGGGUCUACUCAGGGAAUCUCUUCUGGGAUAAAAGAAAUGACACCAUCACUAUUCACAGACUUAGACACAGACAGUAAUGUAAUGACUUCAACUAUGCCUGCUUCUUCAGGACAAGCAGAGACUAGGACACCAUUGGGCACUACCUCUGAAAUGAAAGUGACUUCUGGGACCUUAUCUACCACCAUUUCAUAUACUGUUCCACAAAUGAUGGCCUCAGCCACUUUUCUUCCUUCAGAACCACAUACUACUGUUCCAUUAGUCACCCAUGUUGUGGGACAACCCAGUUCAGUCAUGUCUACUCUGCCUUUCUCUCCAGGUAGAACAGAAAGUAUUCCGUCACUGGAAAUUAGCUCUCAAAUAGAAAAUUAUUCAGUGACUUCUACCCUGGAUAUGUCUAUAGAUCAAGCAGGAUCCACAACCCCAUGGGCCACCCACACUGAAAAAGAAGGCACUUCAGGAACUCCAUCUUCAAUCAUCUCAACUAGUGCUCCAGACAGGAUGACUUCAAUAACUAAGAAUCAAACUUCUUCUGAAACACAGACAAUAUCAUCAUUAAUCAGCCAUGAUGAGGGACAGCACAAUUUUUCUGUGUAUUCUCACAACAUCUCUCCUGGGAUAAGAGAAGUGACACAGUCACUAUUUACUGACUUAGGCAAAAACAGCUAUGCAAUGAAUUCAACUUUGCCUGCUUCUUCCAGUCAAGCAGAGAUUAGGACACCAUGGGACAGUAAUACUGAAAUGAAAGACACUUCUGGGACCUUAUCUACCACCAUUUCAUAUACUCUUCCACAAGUGAUGACCUCAGUAACUGUUAUUCCUUCAGAACCGCAAACUGCAACUGUUUCAUUAGUCACCCAUGCCGUGGGACAACCCAGUUCAGUCAUGUCUACUCUCUCUUUCUCUCCAGGUAGAACAGAAAGUCAGUCAUCACUGGUAAUUAGCUCUGAUAUAGAAAAUUAUUCAGUGAUCUCUACCCUGGAUAUGUCUAUAGAUGAAGGAUCCACCACCCCAUGGGGCACCCAUACUGGAAGAGAAGGCACUUCAGGUACUCCAUCUUCAAUCAUCUCAACCAGUGUUACAGAGAUGAUGCCUUCAAUAACUAAGAAUCAAACUUCUUCUAAAACACAGACCAUAACAUCAUUCAUCAGUCAUGAUGAUGGACAGCCCAGUAUAUCCGUGUCUACUAAAGGAAUCUCUCCUGGGAUAGAAGAAACGACACCAUCACUAUUCACAGACUUAGGCCCAGACAGCAAUGUAAUGACUUCAGCUAUGCCUGCUUCUUCAGGUCAAGCAGAAUCUAGAACACCAUGGGACACUACCUCUGAAAUGAAAUCUACUUCUGGGACCUUAUCCACCACCAUUUCACAUACUGUUCCAGAAAUGAUGACCUCAGCAACUUUUCCUCCUUCAGAAACACAUAUUACAAAUCCAAUAGUCAUCGACAUCGUGGGACAACCCAGUUCAGUCAAGUCUACUCUCCCUUCCUCUCCAAGUAGAACAGAAAGUAUGCCAUCAAUGGACACUAGCUCUCAUACAGAAAACUAUUCAGUGACCUCUACCUUCGAUAAGUCUAUAGAUCAAGCAGGAUCCACAAACCCAUGGAACACCCACACUGACAAAGGAAGCACUUCAGGAACUCUAUCUUCAAUCAUCUCAACCAGUGCUCCUGAGAUGAUGUCUUCAAUAACUAAGGAUCAAACUUCUUCUGAAACACAGACCAUAACGUCAUUCAUCAGUCAUGAUGAUGGACAGCCCAGUAUAUCUGUGUCUAAUAAGGGAAUCUCUCCUGGGAUAGAAGAAACGAUAUCAUCACUAUUCACAGACUUAGGCCCAGACAGCAAUGUAAUGACUUCAGCUAUGCCUGCUUCUUCAGGUCAAGCAGAAUCUAGAACACCAUGGGACACUACCUCUGAAAUGAAAUCUACUUCUGGGACCUUAUCCACCACCAUUUCACAUACUGUUCCAGAAAAGAUGACCUCAGCAACUUUUCCUCCUUCAGAAACACAUAUUACAAAUCCAAUAGUCAUCGACAUCGUGGGACAACCCAGUUCAGUCAAGUCUACUCUCCCUUUCUCUCCAAGUAGAACAGAAAGUAUGCCAUCAAUGGACACUAGCUCUCAUACAGAAAACUAUUCAGUGACCUCUACCUUCGAUAAGUCUAUAGAUCAAGCAGGAUCCACAAACCCAUGGAACACCCACACUGGCAAAGGAAGCACUUCAGGAACUCUAUCUUCAAUCAUCUCAACCAGUGCUCCUGAGAUGAUGUCUUCAAUACCUAAGAAUCAAACUUCUUCUGCAACACAGUCCAUAACAACAUUCAUCAGUCAUGAUGAUGAACAGCCCAGUUUAUCCAUGUCUACUCAGGGAAUCUCUCCUGGGACAAAACAAAUGACACCAUCACCAUUCACAGACUUAGGCCCAGGCAGCUAUGCAAUGGCUUCCACUUUGCCUGCUUCUUCAGUUCUAGCAGAGACUAGGACACCAUGGGAUACUACAUCUGAAAUGAAAGGUACUUCUGGGACCUUAUCCACCACUGUUUCAUAUAGUGUUCCAGAAAUGACAACCUCAGCAACUUUUCUUCCUUCAGAACCACAUACUACAAUUCCAAUAGUCACCCAUGUUGUGGGACAGCCCAGUUCAGUCAUGUCUACUCUCCCUUUAUCUCCAAGUAGAACAGAAAGUAUGCCAUCAAUGGACACUAGCUCUCAUACAGAAAACUAUUCAAUGACCUCUACCUUGGAUAUGUCUAUAGAUCAAGCAGGAUCCACAAACCCAUGGAACACCCACACUGACAAAGAAAGUACUUCAGGAACUCUACCUUCAAUCAUCUCAACCAGUGCUCCUGAGAUGAUGUCUUCAAUACCUAAAAAUCAAACUUCUUCUGCAACACAGACCAUAACAUCAUUCAUCAGUCAUGAUGAUGGACAGUCCAGUUUAUCCGUUUCUACUAAGGGAAUCUCUCCUGGAAUAAAAGAAAUGACACCAUCAUCAUUCACAGACUUAGGCCCAGGCAGCUAUGCAAUGGCUUCCACUUUGCUUGCUUUCUCAGGUCAAGCAGAGACUAGGACACCAUGGGACACUACCUCUGAAAAGAAAUCUACUUCUGGGACCUUAUCCACGACCAUUUCAUAUACUGUUCCAGAAAUGGUGACCUCAGCAACUUUUCUUCCUUCAGAAACACAUACUACAAUUCCAAUAGUCACCCAUGUUGUGGGACAGCCCAGUUCAGUCAUGUCUACUCUCCCUUUAUCUCCAAGUAGAACUGAAAGUAUGCCAUCAAUGGACACUAGCUCUCAUACAGAAAACUAUUCAAUGACCUCUACCUUGGAUAUGUCUAUAGAUCAAGCAGGAUCCACAAACCCAUGGAACACCCACACUGACAAAGAAAGUACUUCAGGAACUCUACCUUCAAUCAUCUCAACCAGUGCUCCUGAGAUGAUGUCUUCAAUACCUAAAAAUCAAACUUCUUCUGCAACACAGACCAUAACAUCAUUCAUCAGUCAUGAUGAUGGACAGUCCAGUUUAUCCGUUUCUACUAAGGGAAUCUCUCCUGGAAUAAAAGAAAUGACACCAUCAUCAUUCACAGACUUAGGCCCAGGCAGCUAUGCAAUGGCUUCCACUUUGCUUGCUUCCUCAGGUCAAGUGGAGGCUAGGACACCAUGGGACACUACCUCUGAAAUGAAAUCUACUUAUGGGACCUUAUUCACCACUGUUUCAUAUAGUGUUCCAGAAAUGACAACCUCAGCAACUUUUCUUCCUUCAGAACCACAUACUACAAUUCCAAUAGUCACCCAUGUUGUGGGACAGCCCAGUUCAGUCAUGUCUACUCUCCCUUUAUCUCCAAGUAGAACAGAAAGUAUGCCAUCAAUGGACACUAGCUCUCAUACAGAAAACUAUUCAAUGACCUCUACCUUGGAUAUGUCUAUAGAUCAAGCAGGAUCCACAAACCCAUGGAACACCCACACUGACAAAGAAAGUACUUCAGGAACUCUACCUUCAAUCAUCUCAACCAGUGCUCCUGAGAUGAUGUCUUCAAUACCUAAAAAUCAAACUUCUUCUGCAACACAGACCAUAACAUCAUUCAUCAGUCAUGAUGAUGGACAGUCCAGUUUAUCCGUUUCUACUAAGGGAAUCUCUCCUGGAAUAAAAGAAAUGACACCAUCAUCAUUCACAGACUUAGGCCCAGGCAGCUAUGCAAUGGCUUCCACUUUGCUUGCUUUCUCAGGUCAAGCAGAGACUAGGACACCAUGGGACACUACCUCUGAAAAGAAAUCUACUUCUGGGACCUUAUCCACGACCAUUUCAUAUACUGUUCCAGAAAUGGUGACCUCAGCAACUUUUCUUCCUUCAGAAACACAUACUACAAUUCCAAUAGUCACCCAUCUUGUGGGACAACCCAGUUCAGUCAUGUCUACUCUCCCUUUAUCUCCAAGUAGAACAGAAAGUAUGCCAUCACUGGACACUAGCUCUCAUACAGAAAACUAUUCAGUGACCUCUACCUUGGAUAUGUCUAUAGAUCAAGCAGGAUCCACAACUGCAUGGGCCAUCCACACUGAAAAAGAAAGCACUUCAGGAACUCCAUCUACAAUCAUCUCAACUAGUGCUCCAGACAGGAUGACUUCAACAACUAAGAAUCAAACUUCUUCUGAAACACAGACCAUAUCAUCAUUCAUCAGCCAUGAUGAGGGACAGCCCAGUUUAUCCAUGUCAACUCCCAGCAUUUCUCCCUUGAUGACAGAAGUGACACAAUCACUCUUCACUGACUUAGGUACAGACAGCUAUGCAAUGACUUCAACUUUGCCUACUUCUUCAGGUCAAGCACACUCUAGCCCACCAUGGGACACUAAUUCUGAAAUGAAAACCACUUCUGCAACCUUAUCUACCACCAUUUUAUCUACUCUGCCAGAAAUGAUGACCUCAGCAUCUCUUAUUCCUUCUGAACCACAUUCUACAGUUCCAUUAUUCACCCAUGUUGAGGGACAACCCAGUUCAGUUUUGUCUACCCUAUUGAUCUCUCCAGGUAUAACAGAAGUAAUGUCAUCACUAGUCACUAGCUCUGCCACAGAAACCAAUUCAGUGACUUACAAUAUGGAUAUUUCCACAGAACAACCAGGAUUCACAACACCUUGGGGCACUCAUUCUGGAAAAGAAAGCACUUCAAGAACUCUAUCUACGAUAAUCUCAACUAGUGCUCCAGACAGGAUGACUUCAAUAACUCAGAAUCACUUUUCUUCUGAUACGCAGACCACAGAAUCUUUGAACACCCAUGGUGGAGGAUAUCACAGUUUAUUGCUAUCAAGUCCGAAUAUCAUUUCAGAUAUAACACGAGUGACACCAGAACUAUUUACAACCUUGAGCACUGAAAGCUAUACAGUGACUUCUAUUCUGCCUGCAUCCCCAGAUCAAGGAGAGACUACUGCACAAUUGCUAAACCAACCUGUAAAGGAAUCCCCUUCAGUGGUUCUACCUACCACCAUUUCAACCAGUGUUUCAGAAGUGAUGACCUCACCUCUUUCUGAACUUCAUACCAUAGAUUCAUUAGUCACUCAUGUUGGGGGACAGCUUUCAUCCAUGUCUAAUUUUACUGUCUCUCCUGGUAUUACAGAAAUUAUAUCAUCACAGGACACUAGUUAUGUCACUGAAAGUCAUUCAGUGACAUCAGUUCUAGCUCUUUCCCCAAGUCCAUUGGCAACCACAAGCCCAUGGGAAACCCAUCCCAGUAGAGAAGCGAUUUCAGAGAUUCUUACUAUAAACACCUCACCUAGUGCUAUAGACUCAAUGACAUCAAAAUCUAAAAUUCAUUCUUCUUCUGAAACACAGUCCAUAAUAUCAACGGUCACCCAUGGUGAGGUACAACCAAGUAUGUCUGUGUCUACUCAGGCUAGCUCACCGAGUAUAACAGAAGUGACACAAUUACUAUCCACUGACUUAGGCACAGGAAACUAUUCAAUAGCUUCUACUCUACCUGCUUCAUUAGGUCAAACAGAGACAAAAGCUCCAUCAGUCACUAAUCUUGAAACAGAAGUCACUUCAGGAGCCCUAUCUACCAUUAUUUCAACUAUUGUUUCAGAAAUGAUGACCUCAUCAACUGUUAGUCCACAUACUACAGCUUCAUUAGUCUCUCAUGUUGGGGAACAGCCCAGUUCAACCAUAACUACUUUGCCUGCCUCUCCAGAUAGAACAGAAAUCAUACCAUCACUAGUCACUCACCCUGGCACAACAAGCCAUAUAGUAUCUUCACCUCUGGACAUUUCCCCAGGUCAAGCAGAAUCCACAGCUCCAUGGGUCACCCACUCUGGGAAUGAAGGGUAUUCAGGAGUUCUUUCUACAACCAUCUUAUCUAGUGUUCCAGGCAUGAUGACAUCAAAAACUCAGAACCAUACUUCUUUUGAUACACAGACCAUAACAUCUUUCAUCACCCAUGCUGAGGAGCAGGACAGUUUAUCUUUGUCUACUCAGGGUGUCUCUCCAAGUAUAACAGAAGUGACACCAUCGCUAUUUACUGAGUUGGACACAGAAAAAUCUGCAUUCCCAUCAACUCUGCCUGUUUCUGUAUUUCCACCUGGGAGUAAAACCACAUCAGUCACCCAUCCUCAAACAGAAGUCACCUCAGGGUCUUCUAUCAUCAUAACAGCUAAUGUUCCAGACAUGAUGUCAUCACCAACUCUUAUUCCUUCUGAUCCACAUACUACAGUUUCAUUAGUCACCCAUGUUGCAGAACAGCCUAGUUCAGCAAUGUCUAUUCUGCCUGUCUCUCCAAGUACUACAGAAACUAUAUCACCACUAGUCACUCACUCUGGCACAGAAAGCCAUUCAGUAACUUCAACUCUGGCUGUUUCCUCAAGUCAUUCAGAGACCACACCCCAAUGGAUCACCCAUACCGGGCAUGAAGGGACUUCAGGGACUCUGCCUACAACCACCUCUUCUAGUAUUCCAGAUAUUAUGACCUCAACAACUUUAAACCACACUCUUUCUAAAUCACAGACAGUAAAAUCAUUGUUCACACAUGUUGGUGGCCAACCCAGCUUAAACAUGACCACCAUGGCAUUUUCUCCAAGUAUACCAAAAUUGACAACAUCACCGAGUACAAAAUUCAUCACAGAAAGCCACCCUACCACUGUGGCUUUGUCUUCAAGUCUGUCAAAAACUACAGCCUCUUUGGUGACUCCUCAAAUGGAAUCCACUUUAAGUUUUCUAACUACUACCAUUCCAUCUACUAUUCUAGAAAUGAUAACACCACCAUCCCUUCUUACUUCUGAACUACACACCACAAUUUCACUGGCCACACCUCUUGAGGGACAACUUACUUCAUCCACAUCUACUCUGGCCAUUUCUUCUGGUGUAACAGAAAAGAUACCAUUACUAGUAACUAGUUCUACCACAGAAAUCUAUUCAGUAUCUUCAACUCUGGAUACUUCUCCAGGUCUAGAGAGUCCUGACUCAAUGGACACCACUCCUAAAAUAGAAGCCACCUCAAAUAUUCUAAGUACAGACAUCUCACCUAGUGUUCCAGACUUGAUGUCCUCACCAACUCAUAUUCCUUUUGAACCACAUGCUACAUUGUCAUUAGCAACCUAUGUUGGGGAACAAUCCAGUUCAAAUAUUUCUACUCUGACACAUUUUCCUGGUAUAAAAAAUAUAGUAACACCACUGGCCACUACCUCUUUGGUAGAGCCACAUACAACUGUUCCAACUCUGUCUGUUCCUGCAGAUCAAAGGGAGACCACAGCCCUGUCGGUCACCCAUUCUGGAAAAGAAGUCAUGUCAACAGUUUCCAGUCCAUCUACUUUACCUGGGGAUCCAGAAAGAACUGAAACAUGGGUUAUACUUUCUGCCAAGACCAGCACCCCACACCCCACAACAAAUUUCCCAUUUUCUUAUAGUGAUACCACUUCCUCAGCAUCUGAGGUAGAGACCAGUUCAGUCACAACUCUAUUAUCUGGUGCUUCUGAAGAAGCUACCUCUCUCUCUGUCCACAUUGGGACUACGACAAGUACAACUACUCUAACUGUAAACCCUUCAUCUAUUUUACCAGGAAGUACAGGCUUUUGGCCUUCCAGUCCUUCCACAGAAUAUACUCUGACUGUGUCCUCUCUUCUCCCUGGGUUUUCUGACCAUCCUACAACUAGUAAAUCUAGUACUGCAACUUCACAGAACAUAGAAAUGUCACCAUCUCUCAGUACAAUUAGACAUUCAGAUUUUGUCAGUGAUGUCAUAAGCCCCACUGUAACCUUAUUACCAUCAGAGUCUUCAACACAUGCAUUAACUGACCUGGAAACCACAAAUGAAGCCACUCAUUCAGCUACCACAAGUUCAAGACCCACUGAGGCUGAGAUUACAACUACAUUACAUGGAAGUUCAUUUGCCCUUCUGACCACAAGUAGAACAUCCACAUUGUCCCCUGAGAAUGUGACUUCAAGGCCAACUACAAGUAUCCAUCCAGAGCUAGUGCCAUUCAUAUUCAACUUGACAAUCACCAACCUGCCUUAUACAACAGAAAUGGGCCACCCAAACUCUUUACUCUUCAACAGGACAGAGGCAGCUUUGAAACUUUUGCUCCAGUCCUUGUUCAUUAAUACUAGCAUUGGUGCUGGCUAUUCUGGUUGCAAACUGACCUUGAUCAGGUCUGAACAGAAUGGCACAGCCACUGGAGUAGACACUAUUUGCACCUACCACUCUGACCCAAUGAGUCAUCCUCUGGACAGAGAGAAAUUGUAUCAAGAAGUAACCCAGCUGACCAAUGGUAUUACCAGGCUGGGUCCCUGUACUUUAGAUAAAGACAGCCUCUAUAUCAAUGGUUAUAACCAUCGGUACUGGAUCCCUACAACCAGCACUACAAGUCCAUCUCUGGUUCACUUCACCCUCAAUUUCACUAUAACCAACCUGCACCAUUCAGAGGGCAUGGGAUCUCAAGGGUCUGAUAUAUUCAACAACACAGAGAGGAUCUUGAAUCACCUGCUAAAGCCCAUGUUCAAGAUUAGCAGUAUUGGAUCCCUUUAUUCUCGAUGUAGAUUGAUCUCACUGAGGCCUGAGAAAGAUGGAACAGCUACUGGAGUGGAUGCGGUUUGUACUCUCCACUCUGAUCCCUUGGGCUUUCAGCUGGACAGAGAGAAGCUGUACUGGGAACUGAGCAAUAACACCCAGGGUGGUACCAAGCUAGGAUCCUUCACUUUAGAAAAGGACAGUCUGUAUAUAAAUGGUUUUACAUAUAAAAGAAUCUCUGCUUCCACUCUUAACACUCCGGUGACCUCCUCUCUUUUUCUCAUGGAGACCUCCACUGCAAAACCUAUCCUCUCUACUGGGCCAGGCUCUUCGCUGGUUCCUUUCACCAUCAACUUCACCAUCACCAACCUCAAGUAUGAGGAGGGUAUGAAUUACCCUGGAUCCUGGAAGUACAAUGCCACUGAGAGAAUUCUACAAAGACUGCUUCGGCCUUUGUUCAAUAAAACCAGUAUCGGCCUCCUAUAUUCUGACUGCAAACUGGCAUUGCUCAGACCUGGGAGAGAUGGAACAGCAACAGCCACAGGAGUAGAUGCCAUCUGCACUUACCAUGCAGACCCAACCGCACCUGGGCUGGACAAUGAACGGGUAUUCCGGGAAUUGAGCAAUCUGACCAAUGAUGUCACUCAGCUGGGCCCUUACACCUUAGACAAGAACAGCCUUUACAUCAAUGGUUAUACACAACAGAUCCUGUCCAGCACAGCUACACCUACAAGCCCAUCUCUGCUUCACUUCACCCUCAAUUUCACUAUAACCAACCUGCACCAUACAGAGGGCAUGGGAUCUCAAGGAUCUGAAAUAUUCAACAACACAGAGAGGAUCUUGAAUCGCCUGCUCAAGCCCAUAUUCAAGAAUAGCAGUAUUGGACAUCUUUAUUCUGGCUGCAGACUGAUCUCACUAAGACCUGAGAAAGAGGAAACAGCCACUGGAGUGGAUGCUGUUUGUACUCUCCAUUCUGAUACCUUGGGCCUUCAGCUGGACAGAGAGAAGCUAUACUGGGAACUGAAUCAUAACACUCAGAGUGUCACUAAACUAGGAUCCUUCACUUUAGAAAAGAACAGUCUGUACAUCAAUGGUUUUACAUAUGUGAGAACCUCUGAUUCCACUCUCAACACUCCAGUGACCUCCUCUAUGUUUUUCACUGAGACAUCCACUGCAAAACCUAUCUUCUCUACAGUGUCAUACUCUCCUCUGGUGCCUUUCACCAUCAACUUCACCAUCACCAACCUCAAGUAUGAGGAGGGCAUGAGUCACCCUGGGUCCUGGAAGUUCAAAGCCACUGAGAGAAUCCUACAAAGACUGCUUCGGCCUUUGUUAAAUAAAACUAGUAUCAGCCUCCUGUAUUCUGACUGCAAACUGGCAUUGCUCAGACCUGGGAGAGAUGGAACAGCAACAGCCACAGGAGUAGAUGCCAUCUGCACUUACCAUGCAGACCCAACCGCACCUGGGCUGGACAAUGAACGGGUAUUCCGGGAAUUGAGCAAUCUGACCAAUGAUGUCACUCAGCUGGGCCCUUACACCUUAGACAAGAACAGCCUUUACAUCAAUGGUUAUACACAGCAGAUCCUGUCCAGCACAUCCCCACCAGCAGGUCCUGUCCUGGAGCAUUUUACUAUCAACUUCACCAUCAUUAACUUAAAGUUUGAGGAGGACAUGCGUAACCCUGGAUCCAGAAAGUUCAAUAUCACUCAAAGAACUCUGCAGAGCCUGCUGAGGACAUUGAUCAAAAAAUCCAGUAUUGGAGCCCUGUAUUCUAGCUGCAGACUAUCCUUGCUCAGACCUGAAAAUGAUGGUACAGGCACAGGAGUGGAUGCUGUCUGCACUCACUACCCUGAUCCCACUGGCCAUGGAUUGGACAGAAAGAUGGUGUAUUGGGAGAUCAGCAGGCUGACCUAUGGUGUCAACAGGUUGGGCCCUUACACCUUGGAUGAGAAAAGUCUCUAUGUUGAUGGCUACACACGUCAGAUUGUAGCUACCACUACACAGACAUCUAUGAUGACCAUUGCUUCUAUGGGGAUGAUAAGCAACUCUUCCAAUCCUACAGCAGGCCCUGUGCUGGUGCCAUUUACCAUCAACUUCACUGUCACUAAUCUGGAGUAUGUGGAGGAUAUGGGUCAUCCUGGAUCCAGGAAGUUCAACGCCACUGAGAGAGUGCUGCAGAAACUGCUCAGAGCACUGUUCAGUAAAACCAGUAUCAGCUCCCUGUACUCUGGAUGCAGAUUGACUUUGCUCAGGCUUGAGCACAAUGGGACAGCUACAGGAGUAGAUGCCGUCUGCACCUACCACUCCAACGUUUCUAAUCAAGGGCUGGACAGAGAACGUUUAUACGGGGAGCUGAAAAGACUGAACAUCAUGGAGUUAGGACCCUAUACCCUGGACCAAAACAGACUCUAUGUCAAUGGUUAUAAACAGAAGAUUCUGGCCACCACCCACAGGCCUUCAGUAUUGGCAACUGUUUCUGAAGGAACACCGAACAUUUCUUCUGCACCAACAGCAGCCAGCCCUGUCCUGGUACCUUUCACCAUCAACUUUACAAUCACUAACCUGGAGUUUGAGAAGGAUAUGCGAUACCCUGGAUCCAGGAAGUUCAAUAUCACUGAGAGAAUCCUACAAAGCUUGCUCAGGCUCUUGUUCAACAAAACCAGUGCUGGUCGAUUGUAUUCGGGCUGUAGGCUGGUCUUGCUCAGGCCAGAGAAAAAUAGGGCAGCUACAGGGGUGGAUGUCAUUUGUACCUAUCACCUCAUCCCUUCUGGCAACAAGCUAGUAAGUGAACAUAUAUAUGGAGAGCUGAGCAGUCUGACCCAGGGUGUCACCCAGCUGGGUCCCUAUACCCUGGACCAGAACAGUCUCUAUGUCAAUGGUUACACAAACCAUAUUCUGGCUACCACCCCCAGAGUCUCUAUGCUUAGCAAUGUUUCUUCAAAUACAGCAAAUCCCAUCUCCAAUCCCACAGCCUCAAGCUCUGCUCUGCAGCUGUGCACUCUUAACUUCACCAUCACUAACCUACCCUACAUGAAUGACAUGUGGGUCCCAGGAUCUGCCAAGUUCAAUAAAGUGGAGAAAAUCUUGAAGCUCCUGCUCAAACCACUGUUUCAAAAUGCCACUGGUGGUCCACUGGACUCUGGUUGCAGACUGACCUCACUCAGGCCUAAAGAGGAUGGAGAGGCCACCAGAGUAGACAUGGUCUGCACUUACCAUCCAAAUUCCACAGGCACUGCUCUGGACAGCAAGCAAUUAUACUUGGAACUAGAACAGCUCACCCACAACAUUACUCAACUAGGUCCCUAUACCCUGGACCAAAAUAGUCUCUAUGUCAAUGGUUACACACACCAGACUGCAGUAACCAGCCCUAGCAAAUCAUCCUUGGAGUUAUUUACCUUCAAUUUCACCAUCACCAACCUUCAGUACACAAAGAACAUGCAACCUGCAGGAUCCAAGAAGUUUAACAUCAUGGAGAAGAUCCUGCAAGGCCUGCUUGGGCCCUUGUUCAAGAACACCAGUAUAGGGCCUUUAUAUGCUGGCUGCAGACUGACUUGGCUAAGUUCCAGGAAGGAUGGUAAAGCCACUGGAAUAGACACAGUUUGCACCUAUUACCCUGACCACAUGGGUCAUGGGCUGGCCACAGAACAACUUUACUUGGAGCUGAGCAAUCUGACCCAUGGUGUCACUCAACUGGGCCCCUACACUCUGGAUCAGGACAGUCUCUAUGUUAAUGGUUACAUAUAUUCAGCUUCAGGGAUCGUCCUUAAUACUACCACCUCCUUCCCAGCUUUCUCUCUGGCUCCAUCCUCUACAAACAAUUCCACAGACAAUGGUACUGUAAUGGUACCCAUCACUCUCAACUUUACCAUAACCAACUUACACUAUACCGAGGAGAUGGGACAUCCAGGUUCCUUGAAGUUCAACUCUACUAAGUGGAUCUUACAUUAUUGGCUUGGUACCUUGCUCAAUAAGACCAGCAUUGCCCCAGUCUACUCUGGAUGCAGGUUGUCUUCACUCAGAUCUGAAAAUCAUAGAGCAACCACAGGAGUUGACAUCAUCUGUAACUUCCAUUCUUACUCCAUGAGUCCUAGAGUAAACCAAGAUCAGCUAUUUUGGGAGUUGAGCCAUGGGACACAUGGCAUCACCCGUCUGGGCCCCUAUACCCUGGAUCAGGACAGUCUCUACAUAAAUGGUUAUAGUUUUGGAGCUGCAGCCCUUAAUACCACCACUGGGGAACUCAGUGAGGAGUUGUUCACAGUGAAUUUCACCAUCAACAACCUACGCUACUCAGCUGAUAUGAGCCAGAUUGGAUCCCCCAAAUUCAAUAUCACAGAUACACUCAUGCAACACCUGCUCAGUUCUUUGUUUCAGAGGAGCAGCCUUGGCCCCCUAUACACAGGCUGUAGAGUGGACACUCUAAAGUCAGUAAAGAAUGGUGCCCAGACCCAGGUAGAUGUCCUUUGCACUUAUCACCAAGUUUUCAACAGUCGGGGACUGCCUGCCAAGUCAAUUUUCUAUGACCUAAGCUGGCAGACUCAUGGAAUCACCAAGCUGGGUCCUUACUCCUUGGAUAAAGACAGCCUUUUCAUCAAUGGUUACAAUGAACCUGGUCCAGAUGUACCUCCUACAACUCCAGAGCCAGCCACCACCAUUUUACCCUCCUCAACAUCAUCUCUGCAACCAGAGUCCAACACAGCUAUGUGGCACAACCUGGAAACCUUCACAAUCAACUUCACGAUCUCCAACGUUCCAUAUUCAGCAGACAUGAUCAGUGGCUCAGCCAUGUUCAAUUCCACUGAGAAUGUCUUACAACACCUGCUUGGACCCUUGUUCCAAAAUGACUCCUUCAACUCAAGUUGCAGACUGACCUCCCUCAGGCCUGAGAAGAAUGGAACAUCCACAGGUGUGGUUACCACCUGCACCUACCAGCAUGACCCUGGACAGGCUGGAAUGGACACACAGGGUCUGUACUCAGAACUUAGCCAUCUGAGCCAUGGAUUCACCCAGAUGGGAAACUAUACACUGGAGGCACAUAGCCUCUAUGUGAAUGGUUAUCAUGUUCUUGGUCCAGACAUUCUUACUACGACUCCUGAGCCAAGCACCACCAUCCUGCCUUUUACACUGACAUCUAUGCAGCCAGAAUCCACCACAGCUAGAGAACACCAUCUGGAGAUCUUCACAAUAAACUUCACCAUCUCUAAUCUUCCAUAUUCGGCAGACAUGGACUAUAGCUCAGCCUUGUUCAACUCUACUGAGAGUACUCUGCAGCACAUGCUUAGACCCUUGUUCCAGAAUAUCUCCUUCAACUCCAGCUGCAAACUGGCCUCCCUAAGGCCUAGGAAGAACCAAAACUCAACUCGUGUGAACAUUAUUUGCUCCUACCAAAAUGAUUCUGCACAUCCUGCACUGCACAUACAGGAGCUGUAUUCAGAGCUGAGCCAUCUGACCCAUGGAUUCACUCAACUGGGGAACUACACAUUGGAUAAAGACAGUCUCUAUGUGAAUGAAGACAGUCUCUAUGUGAAUGGUUACAAUGAAACUGGUACAAAAGAACCAACCAUAAAUCCUGACACAGCCCCUACUCUGCUCACUUCUUCAUCAACAUUUGUGCAAACAGAAUCCACCACAGUUGUGGGGCACCAUUUGAAGACUGUAACAGUCAGCUUAACUAUUUCCAAUCUUCCAUAUUCAGCACAUAUGAACAAUGACUCAGCUGUGUUCAACUCCACUGAGACUGUUCUGAAGCACCUGCUUGAACCCUUGCUCCGUAAUAUGUCUUUCAACUCCAGUUGCAGACUGGAUUCUCUGAGGCCUAAGAAAAAUGGAACAGCUACUGCUGUGGAAGCUAUCUGCACCUACUUUCAUGAUCCUGCAAACCCUGGGAUUGACACCCAGAGACUGUACACAGAGCUGAGUCAUUUUACAUAUGGAAUCACUCAGCUUGGCAACUAUACACUGGACAAUGAAAGUCUACAGGUCAAUGGCUAUAGUGAAACUCAUCCAGAAGAAUCUCCUACAACUCCUGAGCCAGCCACUACUCUGCAACCUUCUCCAUCUACAUCUUUGCAUCCAGAACCUACCACAGAGCAUCAUCUCAAGAUCCUUACAAUCAACUUUACUAUAUCCAAUCUUCCAUAUUCAUCAAAUAUGAGCAAUGGCUCAGCUAUGUUCAGCUCAACUGAGAGCAUUGUGCAGCAACUGCUUGGUCACUUGUUCCAAAAUGACUCCUUCAACUCAAGUUGCAGACUGGAUUCCCUUAGGUCUAAGAAGAAUGGAACAGCCACCGGUGUGGAUGUCAUCUGUACCUACCACCGUGAUCCUGCACAUCCUGAGAUGGAUAUCCAAGGGCUGUACUUAGAGAUGAACAAUCUAACUUAUGGAAUCACUCAGCUCGGCAACUACUCAUUGGAAAAGAAUAGUCUAUAUAUCAAUGGUUAUAAUGACCACAGUACAGAAGACCUUUAUACAGCUGCAGAGUCACCUACCACCAUCCUGCCUUCUCCAUCAACAUUUGUGCAGGGAGAACCCACAAUGGCCAUGGGAUAUUUGAAGACCUUCACACUCAAUUUCACCAUCUCCAACCUCCCAUACUCAGCAGACAUGAAUACUGGCUCAGCUACAUUCAAUUCCACUGAGAGGAUCCUGCAGUAUCUGAUUAGACCCUUGGUCCAGAAUGAAUCCCUCUAUUCAGAUUGCAGACUGGCUUCCCUCAGGCCUAAGAAGAAUGGAACAGCCACUGGGGUGAAUGCUAUCUGUUCCUACCACCUUAGCCCUGAACAUCCUGAGCUUGACACUCAGGAGUUGUUUACAAAGCUGACUCAGCUCACCCAAGGAGUCACCCAGCUUGGCAGCUACAUGUUGGACCAGCACAGUCUCUAUGUCAAUGGUUACCCUCACCAGACUGCAGAAAUUACCCCUAGUGGCUAUGUACCGCUGAAUGUAACCAUACAGGGCAAGUACCAGAUAAACUUCUGCAUCAUUAACUGGAACCUUAACAACACAGAUCCAACAUCUUCAGAAUAUAUCAUGCUAGAGAGGGACAUCGAAGAUAAGGUCACCACACUCUACACAGGUAGCCAGCUAAAAGAAGUAUUCCUGUCUUGCCUGGUCACCAACAUGACGUCUGGCUCCACAGUGGUCACUAUUGAGGCAUUGUUCUCCUCUUAUCUGGAUCCGAACCUUGUAAAGCAAAUCUUCUUGAAUAAGACACUGAAUGCUUCCUCCUACUGGCUGGGUGCCACCUACCAGUUGACAGAUCUGCAUGUGAUAGACAUGAAGACAUCCAUCCUUCUGCCAACAGAAAUACCAACAACCAGCUCCAAUGCUCAGCAUUUCAACCUGAAUUUCACCAUCACCAACCUACCCUAUUCCCAAGACAUAGCCCAGCCAGGCACCACCAAACACCAGCAAAGCAAAAGAAGUAUUGAAUAUGCGCUCAAUCAGCUUUUCAGAAACAGCACCAUCAAGAGUUACUUUUCUGACUGUCAAGUUUUAGCCUUCAGGUCUGUCUCCAACAACAACCACACAGGGGUAGAUUCCCUAUGUAACUUCUCACCAUUGGCUCGGCGAGUGGACAGAGUUGCUAUCUAUGAGGAAUUCCUUCGGAUGACACAAAAUGGUACCCAGCUGCUGAACUUCACAUUGGACAGGAAAAGUGUCUUUGUGGAUGGGUAUUCUCAAAACAGAGAUGAUGAUGUGAUGAAGAAUUCUGGUCUUCCUUUCUGGGCUAUCAUUCUCAUCUGCUUGGCGGUACUACUGGUACUCAUCACAUGCCUGAUGUGCUGUUUCCUGGUGACCAUCUGCAGGAAGAAGAAGGAAGGAGACUACCAAGUUCAACGUCACCGCCUAGCUUAUUAUUUGUCUCACCUAGACCUGAGGAAGCUCCAAUAAGUACCUGCCAGUGGUGCCUCUUCCCUAAUGGAAUUCAAAGAUUAAAUAAAACACAUUGGUCAUACUCAGCAU